AUGUCUGGUACCUCUCUGACGGUCAAUUCAGACGUGGCUAAAGUCAUUGAUAAAUGCCUCGAGGCUCUUCAGAGUGCCGAAGUCGCCAUCAACGUGAGCCGACCGCCGCUCGGCCCCGCGUCUAUCACGGCUCAACGGACAAACGACACCCUCGUCUUCGCGCACAAUCGCCUGUCUCAUAUCCGCGAGAUGACCUUUACGAACGAAGAUACGACAACCAUAGCGAAAUCUAUCCUGUUAUGUGUCUCCAAUACGCUCAUGAGUGUGCAAAAGAUGGUGACUGAGUCUCUGGCGGCGUGCCCAGAUGCUCCUUCGCUGCUUAUCUCCGCCAAGAAAACCUCCUGUUCUGUCCAGAAAAGUAUUUUCACUGGAGUCAAUGGCCUCUCCGACAAGAGCUUCCAGUCCAAGGUUGCGCCCAAGAUGCACAGCGUCCGCUUCUAUGUGCACAACUCCCUACCUACCGACUACUUCGUCGACCCCUUAUCCUACUUGGACUCAUAUACCGGCCAUAGCAUUCUUCUUGGAGACUUCAACUACCAUCACGAGGACUGGAACGGCGAUCAAAAGACGGAAACGAGUACGUCGUGCAAGAAGUUUGCCGAAGGCGUCAAGGCACACAACUAUAUACUGAAGACGAAGCAGGGCGCGAUAACCUACUCCAAUUCCAAGGAUGUAUCGAAACGCAGCUCGACCAUCGAUUUGACCUUUGCCAAGGAGUCGAUCAGUGCGUCCAUUGGGUACUGCGAAGUGCUCCAAGUACCAGGGUUCCUCAGUGACCAUCGCGUCAUUGAAACAUCGGUCAAGAGAGCGGUGAAGACGGAUGUUAAGACUAUGCCCUGCUGGCACAAGAUAACUCCCAACAAGUUCCAGCGUCGUCUGAAGCCCCGCCUUCCACCUCUCGAUAGCCUGGUUGGCAACGAAGAGCAGGUUGUUGCCUUCUUUGCCAAGGUCAUAGAUGCUCUACACGUCACUAUGAUGGAGAACGUGCCUAGGAGGUCUUGCGGUCUCAGACCUCAAGCUCAACGAACCAUGCAGUUGGCAUCCAAGUUGAGAAAGCGACUUGCAGAGUUGGACGAUCUCAAGAAGAAGGAUCAGACGCCCAAGACAUUGAAGAGGAUAUUGUUUCUCGAACGAGACAUCGACAAGUUGAACACUGAGAUGUGGAGUGAGUCCGACCGCGACAAGACUAGACCCCCCUCGGCGAGAGCAUUCUUCAAUGUGUUCAGGUUGGCCAGGGGCAGAUCUCAACCACUUCAGUUCGCUCAGACCCCAACACUCAAGUACGAGGGCGACAGUGAUGCUGGUAACGAACCGCAACUUGCGGUAAUAGAUGAGCAGAAGAUUGAGAUGAUCAAGAAGGUCAAGUUCCGCAACAACAACAAUCCCGAGUCUACGAGGAUCUUGGAGGAGCCUGGUCCAAGGCACGAUCCCAAAUAG